AUGCCUCUCGUUGUCCCCGGCGUCACGACCGAGUCCACGAACAAGACGGACCAGUGGAUGCAGAAGCUUGUGGGGAAGACGCUGUCUGAUGACAAGAGCGACGAGGUGUGCCGCGUCAUCCAGCCCGGUCAAAUGGUGACCAAAGACUACCGACCCGAGAGACUGAAUGUGCAAGUUAACAAGGACGGCACCGUUGCGCAUGUGCACUACGGUUGA